AUGCCUUUCGAAGCGGCCUUGAGACCUAAAGGUCAUCACGAGUAUACCGUGGGGUGGAUUUGCGCUCUACCAAAAGAGCAGACUGCAGCUAUCGCCAUGCUAGAUCACAGGCAUGCAGACUUUCAGAAACCACUGAAUGAUCCUAACAACUAUACGUUGGGGUCAAUAAAUGGCCAUGGUAUUGUCAUAGCCUGUCUACCCAAAGGUAUAACAGGAACAACUUCAGCAGCGACUGUUGCAGCCUGGAUGGUUAACAGUUUUCCAUCCAUCAAGGUCGGUCUUUUAGUCGGUAUUGGUGGCGGCGUUCCGCCAAAAGUGAGACUUGGUGAUGUCGUUGUCAGUACACCUAUUGGCCGGUUCCCUGGUGUAGUUCAAUGGGACUUUGGCAAGGCAAAAGAAGGUGGCAAAUUUGAACGAACUGGCUCGUUGAAUAAUCCUCCAACGCCGCUAUUGACAGCCCUGACGAGAUUGGAAACAGAGCAUGAGUUGAAUGGAUCCAAGAUACCAGAGUAUCUAGACCAACUUAAGGAGAGGUGGCCACGCCUAGCAUCAAAAUACUUGAGGUCCGAUCAUCAUGAAGAUCUCUUAUUUAGAUCAGAUUAUCAACAUGUCAGUGAGAACACAAAUUACACAAAUUUCUCUGGCCUCGAAGACAGUACGGAGGAAGGAAAUUGCGAAUUCUGCGACAGAAGUCAACUUAUCAAAAAGAAGCCCAGAGAUAUACGCGUGCAUUAUGGCUUAAUUGCAUCUGGUAACCAAGCUAUUAAAGACGCGACCCUCAGAAACAAAUUAAAUAAAGAUCUUAACAGUCAAGUCCUUUGCAUCGAAAUGGAAGCGGCGGGACUAAUGAACAACUUCCCUUGCAUCAUCAUCCGAGGCAUCUGCGAUUAUGCUGACUCACAUAAGAACAAUGCCUGGCAGGAGCAUGCUGCAGCUGUGGCUGCAGCUUUUGCAAAAGAGCUUCUAGGCUAUAUACAAACAUCUGAAAUCGAAAGACAUUGGGUGGCUGGACGCAACCAAACUUUAUUCUGUCCAGGUAUGCCUGGAGCGGGGAAAACCAUCUUAACAUCAAUCGUGGUUGAUUAUCUUGUUUCGAAAUUUCGCCACGGGGAUGUCGGCAUCGCAUAUAUCUACUGCAACUUCCAUCGGCACCAUGAACAGAGCACUGGCGAUUUACUAGCGAGCAUACUAAAACAGCUUGCCGAGACCCAGCCUUUACUUCCAGAAAGUGUUACAGAUCUCUAUAAUAGCCACCAAAGCAGGCGAACGCGGCCGUCGGUUGACGAACUGUACAAAACUCUUCAGUCCAUCAUAGCUUCAUAUUCAAGAGUCUUUAUCAUUAUUGAUGCCCUGGAUGAAUGCCAAACUUCGAACAAUAGCCGCAUCAAAUUCCUCUUUAAGCUCUUCGACAUUCAAGGUGAAAGCCACAUAAAUAUAUUCGCAACCUCGAGACCUAUUCCGGAGGUUCAGGAGAAAUUCAAAGAAAGUGCAGUGAUCGAGGUCCGUGCUCACACCGACGACGUGAAAAAUUCUUUAGAAAGUCAAAUAUCGCAAUCAGAUUCGGAAUUUUUGAACAUUUGCCGGGAAGAUAUUAAAACGAAGAUCACAGAGGCGGCUGAGGGGAUGUUCCUUCUCGCGCAGCUUUACUUUAAUAUCAUUAAAGAUAAAAGAACGCAAAAGAAGAUAAAAGAUACAUUGAAAGAAUUGCCUAUCGGACGUAAUACAUACGAUUAUACUUAUGAGGAAGCGAUGAAACGGAUAAUAAGCCAAGCCCCAGACACUACCGAGCUAGCCCGGGUGGUUCUCUCAUGGAUAGUCUGCGCCAAAAGGCCUCUUAAAGCGUUAGAACUUCAACAUGCGCUUGCUGUCGAGCCCAAAAAGUACCGCAUUGAUGAAGAGAAUCUUUUACCGAUUGGAGAUAUGGCCUCUAUUUGCGCCGGGCUAGUAACAAUCGAGGGAAACAGCGGCACAGUUCGUCUAAUUCACUAUACUACGCAUGAAUACCUUGAACGGACAAUGGAACGAUGGCUCCCAGAUGCAGAAUCUGUAAUUACGACUAUAUGCACAACGUAUCUGUUAUUGGACGACUUUAAAACCGGGCCUUGCAAACCGUGUGGCGAGUACUCCCAUAAUGGAAUUGCCUACAAAACAGACUGCAAAUAUCAGAAGCGAUUGCAAUCUUUUCCUUUCUAUAACUAUGCUGCAAAUCACUGGGGACACCAUGCACGUGGAUGUUCGAAAUUAGAUGAGGAAGUUAUCAACUUCUUGAAGCGCAAAUCAAACGUGGAGGCAUCAGCUCAAGUACUGCUUGGGGAACCAACAUAUGACUCUUGCUCUAACUUUCCACGAGAAGUGACCGGGCUACACUUGGCAUCAUAUUUCGGGGCUGUUGAAGCCGUAAAUUGUAUGUUACCAUACGAGGAACGGGUUGAUCCUGAUUCCAAGGAUGAAUAUCGCAGAUCAGCGCUUUCGUAUGCCGUUGAGCAUGGACAUGAAAGUAUUGUCAAGCUUUUACUUUCAACCGGCAGAGUUGAUCCUGGUUCCAGGGAUAAAUACGGUAAACAGCCACUUUUAUAUGCUGCUAUAAAGGGUUAUGAAGGCAUUGUCAAGCUGUUG